GGACUUCUAGUUCCUGAGCUUUCAGACAAACACUUUUUCCAGGGGSGUGAAUCCAGAUCCUAGAAGCAUCGGCAGCAGGGAAUGGCCAUGGAGAAGCUGUUAUGGUGUGUCCUGGUGUUGCUUGGCUUCUCUAAUGCUUUUGACCAGAAAGACAUGUCUAGGAAGGCCUUUGUGUUUCCCAAAGUGUCGGAUGAUUCCUAUGUAUCCCUGAAAGCCCAGUUAAAGGAGCCACUGAAAGCCUUCACCGUGUGCUUCCACAUCUACACCGAACUGGCCCUGACCCGGGAUUACAGUAUUUUCUCUUAUGCAACCAAGAAACAAUUUAAUGAUAUCCUCAUAUUUUGGUCGUUCAAUAAAGGAUACCUUCUUUCCGUGGGUGGGUCUGGAAUAUUUUUCAAGGCUCCCRAAGUUACUAUGGCUCCAGUACACAUCUGUACCAGCUGGGAGUCCAUCACAGGGAUCGCAGAGCUCUGGGUAGACGGGAAGCCCAUGGUGAGGAAGAGUCUGAAUAAGGGCUACUCUGUGGGGACAGAGGCAAGCAUCGUCCUGGGACAGGAUCAAGAUUCAUUUGGCGGAGGCUUUGAGGCAAACCAGUCUUUGGUGGGAGACCUUGGAGAUGUGAACAUGUGGGACUUCGUGUUGACUCCAGAUCAGAUCAACAUGGUGUACGUUGGUGGGACCUUCAGUCCUAAUGUCCUGGACUGGAAGGCACUGACAUAUGAAGCUCACGGUGAGGUGUUCGUCAAGCCCCAGCUGUGGCCGUGAGUUCUGAAUGUGGAUGUUGGUGACCACUCCUCAUGGGCCCCCUGUCUGUCGCUAGGGACCUUUGCCCCCGAUGCGUGCCGAAGGUCUGCUCUGUGAACAUAAACCUUUGCUUUUCUGCUCUGUCUUCCUCAGCACCAGAGGGCAGAAUUGAAUUGUCUGGCUUGGGGGCUCGUGAACCACGCUGGGGAGCUUUGUCCAGAUGAAUCACGAUUGUAGAUGUUUUUUUUUUGUUUGCAUAUUUACUUUUUAAGUGAACGGAUUUCAGAAAUCAUCUCUUACCCUCAAAUGGAUGAGAAGAUUGAUACCCACAGAAAGGAGAAGRGAAUUUUUAAAAAGUCGCAGGGCAGGGACAUCUCUGAGAUGGGAAUUCCUACCCAGGGUCCCCCAGAAAGUAGAAGGUACUUGCCUGAGUUCACAGGGCUUUUCCAUCUCGGAGCUAGGACUUUAACAGAGGUUUGCAGAAUGCUCAUCACUAUAUCAUGGAUCUAGGUCUUCUGAUGUGGAAAACCCAUUAAUACUGUGCAUUGCCUCCACUUUCUCAAAGUACCCAGGAAAGGCAGUUGAAAUUGCUGUGGCAGAGAAAGCCUGGCUUCUCCCCUGGGACAAAUGAGAUACACGGGUAUAGUUAUUUCAGUUAUUAUUGCCUAGGACUUACGUAACAAUAGUUUUUAUUUGCUUACAAUGUUUUCUUGAUUUUAUGGUUUUUCUGGGAAAUUCUUUUCCUACUCCAUGUGUGGAGCUGUGAGURCCUCCACCAACGUAUCCAGAGUGGGCUUGUGACCCAAGCUGUCCUAUCAGGGUAUCCAUGACUCACUUCCCUAGGGAGGGGUUGUUUUUGGUUGUUUCUGUGUUCCAAACAGGACAAAUUAGUCCUUCCAAGGAUUGYGUUAUGGACUUCAGGAGGCAACAUCUUUCUGGAAUUCCAAGCUAAGAGGGUGUGAGCCUGGACCUCUAGCAGUCCUCUUGGUUACCACGUGGAGACAAUGAAGAAAGAAGCCAUGUUGGGACUUUAAGAGUGGAGAGGCUGACAGAAUGAUGCAGAAUUGACUAUAUUGAGUCUCUAAAUCAGUUUUUUUUUUCUGGAAAAGAA